AUGUCACCGGAGACAUCAAGCAGCGGCUUGCCCACAGUCGCAACAUCAGCACAAAAUGCAGCGGCGUCGCUUCCCUUAUGGCAGCGUCUGGGACCGAUAACUCGCGUGGCCCAAGCAUAUGCACGAUCUCAGAAGAAGAGGCCAUAUGUGACUCAGACCAUAAGCACCAUCUUCAUCUUCUUCAGCGCCGAUCUUGUCGCUCAGAGUAUGAAUGAUGAUGAUUACGAUCCUGUACGGACAGCACGGAAUGUCUUCAUCGGAGCGGGUACCGCCAUUCCAGCAUAUAAAUGGUUCCAAUUUCUCGCCAAAAACUUCAAUUACUCAUCUCGAGCAGCAUCCUUGAGUGUAAAAAUAGUCAUGAAUCAACUGCUGUUUGCCACUUAUAUGAAUGUCUACUUCUUCAGCAUGCAGGCCCUUCUUACUGGUGAGGGCAUCAACGGCGCUGUACAGCGCGUCAGAGACACUCUACUCACAAGCUGGAUCAAUUCCUGCAAGCUAUGGCCUUUUGUCAUGGCCUUCAACCUUUCCUAUGUACCUCUGGAAUAUCGAGCCCUUUUUGCUGGUUUAGUUAAUCUUGGAUGGCAGUCCUAUCUGAGUCUCCUGAAUAGGUGGGCAGAGCUUCGUCAAGCUGAAGCUGCGGGAAUGGCAGUUCAGCCUGCGGCGAUUGCUCAAGCGGCAUGA